UAUAUAUAUGCGAUUUGUGUAAUAUGCCUAUGUUUUGUUGCUUCACCAAAUUAUGUUACCCUGGAGAUUUGAAUUCAGUUUUGUUUUGCUUUGACAUUUGAAAUUAAUCAUUUUCUGAUGUAGUAAGAAUCUGCAGUUCUGCUUUAACAGUCCAGAGAGUAGGGGGAAACUACUUAACUACAUAAAGUGAUCUGUAGUUUAUCACACUUUUAGCCAGGAAUGGCAGAAAAGGCAUGUGUGAAGCGCUUGCAAAAGGAGUAUAGAGCACUCUGUAAAGAACCUGUUUCAAAUAUUGUUGCUCGGCCAUCUCCAAAUAACAUUCUUGAGUGGCAUUAUGUGUUGGAAGGGAGUGAAGGAACACCUUUUGCAGGUGGGUUUUAUUAUGGGAAGAUCAAGUUUCCUCCCGAAUAUCCGUAUAAACCUCCAGCAAUCAGGAUGACUACUCCAAAUGGACGAUUUAUGACGGAAACAAAAAUAUGCCUCUCUAUGAGUGAUUUCCAUCCGGAGAAUUGGAACCCUAUGUGGUCGGUCUCAAGCAUUCUCACAGGACUGCUCUCAUUUAUGAUGGAUAAUAGUCCAACUACAGGUGGCGUAAUGACAACGACUGCUGAGAAAGAAAAACUUGCAAAGGCUUCUCUUGCUUCUAAUUGUAAAAACCCAACAUUUAGGAAGUUAUUUCCAGAAUAUGUGGAGAAGUACCAACAGCAACAGCAUCAGCAGCUUGCCUCGCAAUCUGUCUCAGAGCAGGCGUCGCCUACGUCAACUCAACGAGAAAAUUCCAGACUGUUGGAGGGAAAUAGCAAUAUAAACAACGGAGAUUUGAACGGUGUGGAGCCUCCACAAGAAAUGCGAAACAGAAGGAAACAAGCUUUCCCAACUUGGCUGUUGCUUCUGGUAUUCUCUGUUUUUGGCAUUGUAAUGGCUUUGCCUCUGCUGCAGCUUUGAUGAUAUCCAGGGCCGCGAGAUUCUGAGUUUCGUUUGCUCGCCUUUUUUUUUUUUUUUUUUUUUUUUUUUUUUUUUUUUUUUUUGUGAGUACUGUGGGUGCUGAAGUAUUUGAUGUUCUUGAAUGAUUAUGUAGGUAUCAUGGUUUGUGUAGGUAUGAUGGUGUUUAGGUCUAAAUUGAUAAAACCUGAUGUGGUUGUACACUUUCUUGGUAGUAUUGGCUCCACAAGUACAACACUACCUUCCUGUGGAUAUUUCAAAUGGCUCUUUUUUUUUUUUUGGUAGUU